GUUUGGUGUGUGAGGGGCCCAGAUGCUGCUUGCCUGCUGAGUUCCUCCAACAGGCUGUGUGUAGCACCUAAACAGAGCUUAGUAAAGUUCAAAUAAGACACUUAUAAAAUGUGCUGUACAAAAACUUUCCCAGUUCUCUUGGAGCAGGAGUUCAUUUUUCCUUCUAGAUGGUGGAACAACUUUACUCACCACAACAGUACCAGUUACUGCAAAAAGGAAUUCAUGAUUUCUAUUGAUUUUGCAAGCUCAGUGUGGUCUGUACCAAUGGGAGAUGAAAAGGAUAACUGGAAAGUAAAAACUCUUGAAGAAAUUUUGCAGGAAAAGAAACGGCGAAAAGAACAGGAGGAAAAAGUUGAUGUGAAACGUUUAAAAAAUUUGGAUGACAGGGAUUCUAAGCGAGACUCGCUGGAGGAAGGAGAGCUUCAGGAACAUAAGAUGGAGAUAACCAUACGCAAUUCACCGCACAGACGAGAAGGAUCGAUAGACGAUCGAGGUGAGGAGGAUGAUUCUUUGGCAAUUAAACCUCCUCAACAAACCUCCAAAAAAGAAAAGUCUCACCACAGAAAAGAGGAAAGGAGAAAGGAAAAGCGAAGGCAUCGAAGCAGAUCAGCUGAAGUCUUCAGAAAUGAAUCAUGGGGAACGAAGACUGUUACGAAGAAACUCAAAGAAUUUAAUGUCUUCAGGUCACUUAAGGCAGAUGAGAUGAACUUUAAAAUCUUCAAGGAAAUGAGCCAAGAAAUGGGAAAACACAUGAGAGGGAAGGAAAAAGAUAAGGAAAAAGAGAGGGAACAUGACCGAAGGAAACGGCAGCGAGAGGAGCAGGAUAAGGCGCGUAGAGAACGGGAAAGGCAGAAACGGAGAGAACUUGCCAGAGAACAUUCCAGAAGAGAAAGGGACCGUCUUGAGCAACUUGAGCGUCAGAGGGAACGGGAAAGGAGAAUGAGGGAGAGGGAACAACUGCAAAAAGAACAAUGGGAACUAAAAGAGCGUGAAAGACGAGCUGAGGAGAGACGAAAGGAGCGAGACAUCAGGAGGGAAGCCAUGAUGCAUCACAGAGGACUGAAGGAGGAAUAUACUGAAAAAGUAAAACUCCAUCAUAGGAACCACAGCCCAGUGUGGCGGCACACAGAGAGGUUUGAACUGGGAGAUGGAAGAAAAAGUGUAAAGGAAGAGAGGUAUGAAGAAAAAGACCCGCCAUCUGACUUGCAAGACAUCAGUGACAGUGAAAUAAAGACAACGUCUGGUGAAUCUUCCUCGGGCUCUGCAACUGCCUCUGAGGCAGAGAGCAGCAGUGAGGGCUCUGAAGAAUCUCCAAGUCCAUCUGAGGUUGAAUCUGAGCCGUCUCCUGGAGAAAUUAGUGAAGAGGAAGAUCACAGUGAUGAAGAAAGGCAAAAUGGAAACCACCUCCAAAUGGUUACAGAAUCAAAAUUUGACCACGAUUCAGAAGAGAGUGCAGAGGAGGAGGAGGAGGAGGAGGAGAUGGAGGAGGAGGACGAUGAGGAGGAGGAGGAGGGGAGUCCGAUCUCCAAUGCUCCUACUGAAGGAGAGUAUGUUCCUGACUCCCCGCCCGCUUCACCAGUGGAACUGAAGAAAGAGCUGCCGCAGUACUUGCCUGCUCUUCAGGGGUGCCGUAGUGUAGAAGAAUUUCAGUGUCUUAAUAGGAUUGAAGAAGGAACAUAUGGUGUGGUUUAUAGAGCCAAGGACAAAAAGACAGAUGAAAUAGUAGCUUUGAAACGAUUAAAAAUGGAGAAGGAAAAGGAGGGAUUUCCAAUCACAUCACUGCGGGAAAUCAACACCAUUCUGAAAGCACAGCACCCAAACAUUGUCACGGUCAGAGAAAUUGUUGUGGGAAGCAACAUGGAUAAGAUAUAUAUCGUGAUGAAUUAUGUGGAACAUGACCUCAAGAGUUUAAUGGAAACCAUGAAACAACCUUUCUUACCAGGUGAAGUUAAAACACUUAUGAUUCAGCUUCUCAAAGGUGUUCGACACCUUCAUGAUAACUGGAUCUUGCAUCGAGACUUAAAGACGUCUAAUCUCUUGCUCAGUCACUCGGGAAUACUCAAGAUUGGUGACUUUGGACUUGCUCGAGAGUAUGGAUCCCCACUGAAGCCUUACACACCAGUAGUGGUAACUCUCUGGUAUCGAACCCCUGAACUGUUGCUUGGAGCAAAGGAAUACUCGACAGCCAUUGACCUGUGGUCAGUAGGCUGCAUCUUCGCUGAAUUCCUAACCCAGAAGCCUUUGUUUCCAGGGAAAUCAGAAAUCGAUCAGAUUAACAAAAUCUUUAAGGAGUUGGGAACCCCGAGUGAAAAAAUAUGGCCUGGUUACAAUGAUCUUCCUGCAGUAAAGAAAAUGACCUUCACUGAAUAUCCAUUCAACAACCUGCGGAAGCGGUUUGGAGCCCUUCUAUCUGACCAGGGCUUUGACCUCAUGAACAAGUUUCUGACUUACUGUCCGGCCAAGAGAAUUACAGCUGAGGAGGCACUGAAACACGACUACUUCAGGGAGACACCCCUCCCGAUAGAGUCAGCCAUGUUCCCAACCUGGCCAGCAAAGAGUGAGCAACAAAGGGUUAAACGUGGCACCAGUCCUCGUCCCCCGGAAGGUGGUCUUGGCUAUAGUCAACUGGGAGAUGAUGAUUUGAAAGACACCGGCUUCCACCUGACAACCACGAACCAGGGAGCCUCUGCUGCUGGGCCAGGCUUCAGCCUGAAGUUCUGAUACAGGGGAGAGCAGCUCAGUAGCCCAAGGAAUCCUUUACAUCAACUGCUUUAUAGCAGAAAUUUGCCAUGUUUCUCGUGUAGCACCUGCGGGUUGACAAGGUUCUUGGAUUUUUUUUAAGCUUUUAAACUAUUCAUUUGUAAAAUGUAAAAUAAUUCAAUCAAGUUAUUUGCAAUGGAGAGAAUAAUUGUUAAACUUGACUGGUCAAAGUGGAAUAUUUUGUGUACAUGUAGAGUUUUGGUAAAUUUAAAAAUAAAGUUCCUUAAAGGAAAAGUUUUGUUUCUGCUGUGUUAAAUUCCUUUCUCUCUGCCAUAGAGGGAUAUGCAGGAGGAAGGGGUUAGGUAGUGUGAGGGUGGUCUGAUGGACGGCACGACACGGUGGGCCGAAGGGCCUGUUUUGUGCUGUAUGGUUCUAUGGUUCCAUGUUAAGCUGAUGUUAUCACCACUUUUUUUUACAACUACCUUUUAAUUUUGUAGGUUUUAUUUAAGGACAGCAACGUGCACAGCAUGUCUCCUUGCCUGUCAGCUCUGAUUCCUGCCCAGAGUAGUAACUGGAGACUUUGAGUGAAAGCUGCACUCUACAUCAGCAAAACCGGUUUACUUCCAUCCAGCCUGGUGUUGGCUCAGCCCACCAUCGAUCCUGGAAACUGGCAGCUAAACUGCUCGCCCCAACUCUAAAAGAUGCAACAAGUUGAAGUUGAUUUCUAAAUGUGAAACUAAAUUUCAGACCAAGUUUUAUCUAUUUCAAGUUCCCUGUGCAACCAGUGACGUGGACCAUCUCAAACCCCUUAAGACACCAGUCCAGACGCACCCUGAGUCUCACAACCAAGUAGGAACUCCCUUCACCUACACCUUUUUGAAUCCUGUGACAAACUAGUCAUCAACUAGAACCUGCUGAAUGUUUUGGCCCAUUGGCCGUUUCCAAUUUAAUGCAUCACUAAUGAUGACUGCUUUAUGUCCAAACCAACCUGUAGCCCAAGCAGCUAAUUCCACAUUCACAGGCACUGCUCUGAAUUACUUUACCAUAACAUUGCUUGUUCAGUAAUAUUGUUAAAAUACAGUCAACCAUUUAACUCUGUCACAAAAUCUGAUCUGUAUAAGUGAAUUGUCCC